GCGGCUGAAUGCUGCACUGAACAUACUGAACACAGCUGGUGCUAAACACAAGCUGUGGGGAUUUACACAACCUUUUACAUUUUUCAUUUUAAAAAGAAGCAUUCAAACGCAACAUUUCCAGUUUUUCACGUCACAAGUGUUCCUGUGAGUCGCAGCCCUGCAUUCCAAAAAGGAAGACGAGUAUUUCACCAUGAGCUCAGACGAUGGUGAUAUGGAGAACCAGGCUGAGCUGGAGGAGAAGACGAGGCUCAUCAACCAGGUGUUGGAGCUUCAACACACUCUAGAGGACCUGUCUGCCAGAGUGGAUGCAGUCAAAGAGGAGAACCUGAAGCUGAAAUCAGAGAACCAGGUUCUGGGCCAGUACAUCGAGAACCUCAUGUCUGCCUCCAGUGUGUUCCAGACCACUGAAACCAAGAGCAAACGAAAGUAAGAUGAACCCUCCGAGAGCCUCGAUCUUAGAAUCCCACACACAUUCCACAACCUGAACCCAAAGCAUCCUGAAAGAUCGACAUCAUGGACCCGUUACACUGCCCAAACCUAAAACAUGUUUCUGAGUCUGCAAAGAUGGGUGUUCUCCACCUGCACCAGGAGGCAAUGUUGCUUUUAUUAAAUCUGAAUGUACAGGAAGGAAAAAAGAAAGGAAUAUCAGUCAGAAUCAGCUCAGCUGAUCCACACAGAAGCACCACAGGUUUUGAAAUGUAGACGUUGAAUACAUUGUGUGAGCUGUGGUACCCUGGAGACCCCUCAUUACAUCUGUAUGCAAAUAUGUGUCUUUUCAGGAGCAUGUUUUAGACUUAAAUCAGCUGCAAAUGCAAUCUAACUUCCUCUCUCAUCCCAAACAUCUUCAGUCCCAGGAACCUGAGUCCUGAAAAACAGCAGACCCGGCUCUAAAUGGGUGAUCGUGAGUGUGUCCGUCACCAAAUCUCCUGCAAGUUACAGGGUUUCCCAAACAUUUAUUUAUUUGUGGUGCCUACCACGAUUAAGAAAUCUGUUGCCUCUAAUAGAUUUUUUAUUUUUGGAGCUGGACCGUUCAUUACGAGCGCUGUUGUGAUAUAUAUACCAUUCAUUUAGUGCACUCUGGGCACGGAUGGAGCAGCAGAAUGACGGGCAUUGAAAGUGAAACUUUACUGUUCAUUCGGCUGGCUCAUUCAUUGAUCUGAUCAGCUGUGAACGGAUUGACAGAACAGUUAUCCACCUCACAUGUCACAAACUGCUGCUGAGGAAAGAAUGAAGACAUGGAGAGCUCCGCCUGUGCUGCAUUCACUGCUCUGCAAAAAUCUCUGAAAUUAGAGUAGGGACACAGAAUGAUACAAAGGGACACAUGCAAUUAAAAGGGGAAAAAAAGUUGCACUGGUGAAUAACAGCUUUAAAUUUUUAUGGGUGUUAGUUUUUGCUGUAAAUGAAGCAAGAACUGAUAAAACACAAACAUUCAAAUUAAUGGAUCAAGGAUGAAAAAACACGUCACAGUCUCAUUAUUACUUCUAUACAGACAUUUUAGGGGUUUAGAAAAAAAGUCACUUCCUAAAAACCACACAAAUGACAGUUUAGCUAGCUAGUUAUGCUGCAUUUGUAUCAUUUACAGAAUCUUUUUACGGCAUGCCGACUCUGAAAGCCAUCUGAUGUGACCCGUAUUCCAUUGAGACAAGGCAGCUAACAGCAGUAAAAAAGCUAACCCGAACUACACAGAGUUAGCUGUGCAGGUAGUGAGAAAUGAACUGUGUCUCAAACUGUCCACAUGCAGCACAAAGCCCAACUGAUACAAGUAACAUUAGCAUUAAAAUAAGAGCGAUGUGUAAAUAUGGGUAUUAUAGCAGUAAUGCUAGCAUUGAUCAUAAUGACUAACAAACUUUUAAAUAUUUAUUAGACAGCAUUAACACUCAGCAUCAUUGUGUCUUACCUGUUUCUUACUUGAUAGGUCCUUUGCAAAACUAUGUUCUACUUGAUUAAAAAUGGGUCUCUGACCACAUCGCAACAUGUUAAUAGCUAAUUCUGCCCCCUGAGCCCACAGGGAGGUUUCCUUUUUGGGAUAUUUAACAUUUCCCAUGCAUUGCUUCUGCAGGUCGUGCAGCAAAAAUCAACUCUUUAUUCAAGCUCUCAGUCAUUUCUCGGUUUUCUCGGUGUCAUAUCUCACAGUGAAUCUGUGUGCACCACAGAUAUUUAUAAUCAUGGAGAUUAUGUCCACAGUCCAGAUCAAGCUGAGACUCUCUCAGUAACCACCCCCUCCAAUCCAACCUGCAGCCCUGUUCCCGUUUUUGAGAGUUACAAUGUUUAUGUUAAACUUCCCUUUUCUCCUCAGGGCAGAAGUACUCAAUUCAAACACAAUUGUCAGUGUUGAUGGGAAGCUGGUGAGGGAUCUUUUCUGUGUCGCUGCACUACAGACUCAUAAAGGCUUUUCACACUAUUUUCAGCACCUGGGCUGUAAUGUACAAAAUGUUCACACACACUUUUUAACCAAGGGUUAACCUGAGUCCGGGGCUACAUGACUCACACUGUUCUCCUCUACUGUCAGCUGGAACACGUAACUCGUGUCAUGUAACAUUUUAAAACUCUAUUGUUUACUUAGCUCUGAUUCACACUCAGUAUGUUUACAUGCACAGUUAAGUCGAGUCAUAGCUCCAUUAGACCAUUUAACUGGACUGCUGUCCUUGUCCCAGUAUACAAGCGGGGGGGGGGGGGUCCAUUAAUUGAUUGUAGUCUGUCGGACUCCU